AUGGUGACUACGCGUAAACGCAAGAACAUCUCUCCGGACCCUGAAGCCUUCGAGGCUGGCCCGUCCUCGGCCCCACAUCGUACCUCCCCCACGUUCGUUCAAUCACUUUCCGACACUAGCGCCCCUGUCAGUGUUGACCAUACAAAUGAACCAGAUUGGGACACCCUCACCUCCCAGGCAAAGGCACGCCUAGAUGAAUACGUUCUAUCCCAUGAUCGUACCGAUCGCCUUCUUGUGCCGACGCUCCAUGCAUUGCUCGUAUGGCUCCCCCAAGCUGGGCAGGAAAAAAUCGCCCGGGAUAUCCUUUCAGACCAGUCGACGACAGAUGAAGGUUUGUACGGAGUGUACGACCACAUACGUACUGCGCUCCUUCUACCGAUGAAGGCGUUGGGUGCUAAAUCAUAUCCCGUUUCUUCCCCAAUUUCCCAUCGCCAAGAGGACGCACAGACUAUGAGCGACCGAGCAAGUACACCCGUUAGUCGUUCUGAUUGGUUUGUGGAUGCCUGUUUAAGACGGGAUGAUUCGCGUUGUGUUGUUUCUCGGUACCUCGCCUCAAGCAAAUGGAAAGAAAGAGGCAAACCCCAACAGGAGGUUCCCAUAGAUCUCGAAGUCGUACACAUUGUACCAUUUUCAUUCGGUAAAUUUGAGAGAAAGCAGUCAGCGCCCAGGUCGGCACAAUCAUCUCCCAUGCCCCCCGAAAAAGAAAGCAGCCCCCCGAUCGACCAAAUCCUCAUCCGCAGUUACAAUAAAGAACAUGGCCAAUAG